ACUUAAUUGGGAGCGCAGGUGGGGGCGGAGUGUUGCUUGGUGCGCGUGUCUGAGUGCAGGGCUGUGUGCGCACCGCCCAUCCUAAUCCUCCUUCUCUCCCCUGUCCUCGUGUGUAUAUUAGGGGAUGCGUGGGUAUAGAACAGCCUGCCUAGAGUCCCAGUGUUCUUGGGUCUGUGUGUGGUCGAUCUGUUUCGGCGUGUGUGAUGCUCGUGUGUUACUGGUGCGCAGGUACUUGCGUAUGUGUUGGGUGUGUACGUUAUCAGGGCUCCCUAAUCUGUAGAAUAAGGGUGGUUCUCCGAUUGGUUUUUGAAGGAGGAAAAUCUUUAUAAUGGUGGGGAGAAUCAUAAGACGCAGAUCUCCCAAACCAGAGCCAGUCAGAGCCGUUUUAUGUGCUGCUCAGGCGGCUCCCUGAUUUAAGGGGUUCUCUUCCCUUGGGUUCUUACUCUGCCCGAGAGGCUGCACCUCUCUCCCCCACCACCCUGGAACACUUGGUGGCUGAGCUUCUUCGAGACGCAGAAACGGAGCUGAGCAGGAAAUUUUGUCCUCUCCAGAAGCCAACAUAGACACUAUCCAAGUAGCCCCUGCUUUUUUAUAGCAGGAACAGGAAAUGGACCAUCUCCCUUGUCAUUGAUAUCUACUGAUGACAUUCAGAAAGACAUGCACACCAUAAUUAAAGUAGCCAGACAGACUGCUCUGUCCUCUACCUCACCACCACUGGAGUCCCUGUCCUGGAUAGGUAACAUCCAAUAAGUGAUUCGUCAGAGAGUGGCAUGCUGUCCCGUCUGGGUGAUCUGCUCUUCUACACUAUUGCUGAGGGACAGGAACGAAUCCCUAUCCACAAGUUCACUACUGCACUGAAGGCCACUGGACUGCAGACGUCAGAUCCCCGGCUCCGGGACUGCAUGAGCCAGAUGCGCCGCAUGGUUCGAGAGACCAGCAGUGGUGGCCUCUUGGACCGAGAUCUCUUCCGAAAGUGUGUGAGCAGGAACAUUGUGCUCCUGACCCAGGCAUUCCGAAAGAAGUUCGUCAUUCCUGAUUUUGAGGAGUUCACGAGCCAUGUGGACCGCAUCUUUGAGGAUGCCAAAGAGCUCACUGGAGGCAAAGUGGCGGCCUACAUCCCUCAGCUGGCCAAGUCAAAUCCAGAUCUGUGGGGCGUCUCCCUGUGCACUGUGGACGGUCAGCGGCACUCCGUGGGCCACACAAAGAUCCCCUUCUGCCUGCAGUCCUGUGUGAAGCCCCUCACCUAUGCCAUCUCCAUAAGCACCCUAGGCACUGACUACGUGCACAAGUUCGUGGGCAAGGAGCCCAGCGGCCUGCGCUACAAUAAGCUCUCCCUCAAUGAGGAAGGAAUCCCCCAUAACCCCAUGGUCAAUGCUGGUGCCAUUGUUGUGAGCUCCCUGAUCAAGAUGGACUGUAACAAAGCAGAGAAGUUUGAUUUUGUCUUGCAGUAUCUGAAUAAAAUGGCUGGGAAUGAAUACAUGGGUUUCAGCAAUGCCACAUUCCAGUCAGAGAAGGAAACAGGGGAUCGGAAUUAUGCCAUCGGCUAUUAUCUAAAGGAAAAGAAGUGCUUUCCUAAAGGGGUGGACAUGAUGGCUGCCCUGGAUCUCUACUUCCAGCUGUGCUCCGUGGAGGUGACCUGUGAAUCAGGCAGUGUCAUGGCAGCCACCCUGGCCAAUGGCGGGAUCUGCCCCAUCACAGGCGAGAGCGUGCUGAGCGCUGAAGCAGUGCGCAACACCCUCAGCCUCAUGCACUCCUGCGGCAUGUAUGACCUCUCGGGCCAGUUUGCUUUCCAUGUGGGCCUGCCAGCCAAGUCAGCUGUGUCAGGAGCCAUCCUCCUGGUGGUGCCCAAUAUCAUGGGAAUGAUGUGUCUAUCACCUCCCCUGGACAAGCUGGGGAACAGCUAUAGGGGUGUCAGCUUCUGCCAAAAGUUGGUAUCUCUCUUCAAUUUCCACAACUAUGACAACCUGAGGCACUGCGCUCGGAAAUUAGACCCACGGCGUGAAGGAGGAGAAGUUCGGAACAAAACUGUGGUGAACCUGUUAUUUGCUGCCUAUAGUGGAGAUGUCUCAGCUCUUCGAAGGUUUGCCUUGUCAGCCAUGGACAUGGAACAGAAAGACUAUGACUCCCGCACAGCCCUGCAUGUUGCUGCAGCUGAAGGACACACUGAAGUUGUUAAAUUCCUUAUUGAGGCUUGCAAAGUGAAUCCUUUUGUCAAGGACAGGUGGGGCAACAUCCCCCUGGAUGAUGCUGUGCAGUUCAACCACCUGGAGGUGGUUAAACUGCUCCAAGAUUACCAGGACUCAUACACACCAUCUGAGACUCAGGCUGAAGCAACAGCUGAGGCCCUGUCCAAAGAGAACUUAGAGAGCAUGGUGUGAGCAUGGGGCAUGCACAGUCCCUGCAUAAGAGAAGCACGAGCUGGCCACACACUUAACAUAUAACCACCAAACAUGCUACAGAGGGCCGCACUGCUUCAGUGGUGGUGGGGGGGGGCGGGGGGGGCAGUGCUUUCAGUGAGAGUCAAAAUACCCCAUUCCCUUGCCAGACAGAGUAUAGAGAAGUGCCUUUGUGGACUCCUGCAGUAGAGCUAUCCAUGAAGAUUGUGGGCUUCUUUAAGGGACAGCCUAAUGGCUUAGCCCACUCCAGAUCAUCCCAGGUCUUCACGCAGGUCCCCUCUUCCUCUCUCUGAAGAAGCCAUUAUGAGAGAGAGAUACUCUGGUAAGGGGCUCUAGCCACCACGCACAUGUAUAUAUCCACAGAGAAAGAGAGGAGCUAUGCACCAGGCUUUAGUCGUCUGGAGAGAUCUGCCCCCCUUGACCAGGAAGUGCUGCUACUGCUAACAGCAAUUUUAUAGACAGAGGAAGUAUUUUGUGCUCAAAUAAACUUUAAUUACACAAAU